UGCUACGGCUAUCAAGGAGCUACCAGACAACAUCCCUAAUCUGCCCCAGCUUAGGCGAUUGCUUCUCAGGGGCGUUCCUUCCCUGAGACGAUUCCCUUGGCAUAAGCUGCAUAGAUUCCCAGAUGUGUUUUGCUUGGAUCAAUGCUCAUCAGAUGGAACUGUUAAUCAUGAUUGCAGUACUCCACAAGUUGCUCAGGUGUGCAUAAGUGAUUCCAGAUUGUUUUAUAGCUUCAAUGAUGCCACCAAGGAUUUAGUAAGGGGUGGAAGAAUUUUGAAAUCUUUCCAUGUUCAAAUUACAUCAUGCAAGGCCAUAACUAGGAAGAUACAGGAUGAAGAGGACAUGGUGAAAACCAACAAGGUUCAUGCGUCAUUGGCAGCCUAUGCUGAUGUAAACCAUCGCUAUCUGACAGAUGGAGUCUCGAUGGUGUCAAUGGAUGACGUGCCUCCCUUUCGGGAGACUGAGCGUCACGUGGAGAUCUCAGCAGUGGAGCGGUAUCCCCAUGGUCUGAAGUAUCUUCUAGAAGUCACUAAAUCAAUUAGCAUGUCAGACGAUACUCACGUCUCCUACCUCAAUGAUCUGAGUCGUUUGAAUAUGCUGGAGGAAUGCAAGCUCCAGCGAUGUCAUCGGGUGGUGCAUGUCUUUAAUGAUCUGUUUUGGCUACGGUGGAGUCUGGAGAAUGCACAUGUCUCUUAUCUCAAAAGUCUGACACAUUUCUACAAAGAAUCGUAUUUUGAUAAUGAUUUCCGUGCACUAAAGCACCUCCGGCUGGAGCAUUGCCCGAGGUUGGAAGGCGUCAUGCCACGUGGAUCUGCGCUGCCAAGUCUCGUGACGCUCGACAUCCUCUUCUGCUACAAUCUCAAGGUAAUUUUCUACUACAAUAACAAGUGGUCUUCUAGUUUCAAGCUCCCAUGUCUUCGGAGGAUACACCUCCAGGAGCUGCCCCUGCUGGAGCAUUUUCGCGACGACGACGCCGUCCUGGCCGCGCCUGCGUGGGAGGAGCUCCACGUCCGCGGGUGCUGGAGCUUGCGCCGCCUCCCGCGCCUCAUCGACCGACGACCAGGCAAGAAGGCCGUGACGGUGAGCGGGGAGAGGGCCUGGCGGACCAAGCUCCGCUGGACGACCGGGAUGACUCGCACCGCGGCAGCUACGAGCCCAGGCUUCCCCCGGCAUCCGCCUCCAUCCGCGAGCGCGUCAUCAUCAAGACCUACCUCAGGUGAAGGAACUGAGCCAUGCCCAAGCCGCAAGCUCAUCCAGUGACACAAGACCACAGCAUCCUCUCCGCCCCACUCCAGAGUUUCACCAUGCCCGCCCGUCCGCGUGUGAAACUUGGUGUGUCUGUUUUAAUUUGUUCGUCCAAAGUUUCUCCAGUUUCCAAAUAAGAGGUUUGGUUUGUCUGCUGGCUGCUUCAUCGUCCGGCCGGCGCAUCCAAGCAGUGUGACAGCAGCUCAACCAGAUUGCAGUGUUUGAUGCUUCAACAUGUGUUUUCUAGUGUUGUGUGUGCUUGCUGCGAUCAGUUCGUGCAGUGACAUCGAUUUGCUUGCCCGUGUGAAACUUGGUGUGUCUGUUUUAAUUUGUUCGUUCUCAUUCCUAAUCAGUGGAUUAUGAAUUGGUAUGUAACUGAAUUAUAUUACUACUUGUGUGCGUUUGCUGCAGUACGUGUUGUUGAACUUGCUGUUAUUAUUUGAUUAUAUAUAUAUGGAUUGAAUUGGUAUGUAA